UAAAAAAAAAACUUAAUGGUGGGGGAGCCAAAGGAAAAAUCGAUAUGGUCACAGCUGUUCGUGUACAACAAGUGUAACGUUGAAGGAAACCGGAAUUUAUAAAAAAUUGGAAAAUAAUUUGUGCGGAAACGGAUAAAAAAAAUUUAAUAAAGUUGGCAAAUUAAACAGUUAAUACUUAUAAUCAUUAACUGGGCCUACACAGGAAUCACUCGUUAUCCUAUAGGAGCUAACGAUUAUGUGGCAUAUGGUUGACCAGGCAAUUGUUGAGUGGCAAUAGAAAGAUUCGGUUAAGAAAUACACAUAAAAAUUAAAAUGCCAAGUUCCCGACGAGCCAUCUUGGGACACAUCAUGUCUGGAAUAUGCAUGAAAAUGAAUCGCACCAAACCGGUGCCCGCGGAUGUGAUGGAGACGCCUCUCAAGCGGUGCCUGACCACCUUUGACAUUGCUCUCUUGGGAAUUGGCCAUAUGGUGGGAGCUGGCAUCUAUGUGCUUACUGGAACGGUGGCCAAGGAAAUGGCUGGACCCGGCAUCAUUUUAUCCUUUGUCCUCGCAGGAUUCGUCUCGAUGCUGGCGGCCCUGUGCUACGCUGAAUUUGGCACCCGGGUGCCCAAGGCUGGAUCCGCAUAUGUCUACACCUAUAUAUCAAUCGGUGAGUUCUGGGCCUUCGUUAUUGGCUGGAAUAUACUGCUGGAACACAUGUUGGGCGCCGCGUCAGUGGCACGUGCCUGGAGUGGUUACGUGGACUCAAUGCUAGGUGGAUGGAUUGCCAACACAACCCUGUCGCUAAUGGGCGGCAUUCAUGAGCCAGGUCUGGCCCAAUAUCCGGAUGUGCUCGCCUUUCUCGUUUGUAUUGUCUAUGCGGCUGCAUUGGGCAUCGGAGUGAAGGCGACAGCCGUCUUCAAUAGUGUGCUUACCCUGGUCAACAUUGGCGUCAUGGUUGUGGUCGUCACCGUGGGAUUCUGGUACGCCGAUCUCAACAAUUGGUCCGAGGCCGAGGGCGGAUUUCUGCCCUAUGGCUUUGGCGGAGUAAUUGCCGGGGCCGCAACCUGUUUUUAUGCCUUCGUUGGCUUCGAUUCGAUAGCCACUUCGGGUGAGGAGGCCAAAAAUCCCUCGGUGUCCAUACCCAUUGCCACUGUGCUGUCCUUGUGCGUUGUCACCGUUGGAUAUAUUCUCGUGAGCGCCGCCCUCACGCUAAUGAUUCCGAUAAGCGAUAUAAAUCCCGCUGCCUCACUACCGGAGGCCUUUGGCCAACUGCAGCUGCCAUGGGCCAAAUACAUCAUCUCGAUUGGAGCACUUUGCGGCAUGACGACAACCCUGCUAGGAUCCCUCUACGCUCUGCCCCGGUGCAUGUACGCCAUGGCAUCCGAUGGUCUGCUCUUCAGCUGCUUUGGUCGCAUCAACACCAGCACCCAAGUGCCACUCUUGAAUCUGAUUAUAUCCGGACUGUUGAGCGCAUGUCUGGCGCUGGUCUUCGAUCUGGCCAAGUUGGUGGAGUUCAUGUCCAUUGGCACCCUGCUGGCCUAUACCAUUGUGUCCGCCAGCGUGAUUAUCCUACGCUAUCGUCCUUUGACUCACGUCGGCAGUCCGAAUCCCGUCUAUGCCCCCGACACUCCGGACGAUGAGAAUGACGAGGAUGCCGAGUCUCAGUCAAGCAUUGACACUGCAUCCCCCACCAGUGAUCUUAUCGAGGGAGCUCUUGCUGGUCGUCUCAAGCCACAAUUCCGUUGGCUGGAUCCGUUGCUUGGUCGGUUCGCUCCUGGAUCUGUAGUGUCCGUCUCUGUGCUGCUUUUCAUCGUACUGAGUUUUGCCAUCUGCCUGGAGCUAAAGGUGUCCUGGACGGAACUGUAUACCGGCACUUGGUGGGCUCUCCUGGUCUACGGUUUCAUCAUUUUUGCGGCCAGCACAUGUGUCGCCAUCAUGGCCGUACACAAUCAGAACACACGGGGCUUGAACUUUAAAGUGCCACUGGUGCCAUAUGUUCCAGCUUUGGGCAUCUUCUCCAAUAUUAUGCUGAUGGUACAUCUGGACGCCUUGACCUGGGUGCGUUUCUUUGUGUGGGUAUCGAUUGGCAUGGUUGUCUAUUUCCUAUAUGGCAUCGGGCACAGCAAAGAGGGCGAAGUCUGCUCCUCCUACUCCAUACUGAUGACCUCAUCCGAAGCAGGUAAAUUGAACUGGGGAUCCUUCAAGGGUUCCAGGUCUACAACGUCGAAACAUACUGUUCUGGAACGCUUCAUGGGUCGCAGCAAACUGGAAGAUAAGAAACCAAUUGUCGAAGCGGAAGAGGAUGACAAUGCAGAUAGUCCACAUUAAACCGCAUUAAUUAUAAUUAUCGCAGCAUUUGGGCAAAGCACAACGGUCUGUGGCUUAUUGAUCUGUUACGAGUAUCCGAAAAGAUUAAAUACGAGUAGAAAUCGAAAUAUAGAUUGCUCGUUAAAACACAAUGUCAGAAUAACACAAAUUAAAGUAAUUUUUGGGCUUAAAUAAAUUUUUUUAUAUAUUAAAUUUUUUUUAAUGUUAUUUUUAAGUUG